CGCGCGCAGACGGCAGCAGCGGGUCACGCCACCCUCCUCAUCAGCCAUCAGCCACCGCCCACCCCCCUCACAAUCCAAGCAAAUCCGCCGAACACAAAAAAAAACCCUAGACCGCCGGCGCCCAGCCCAGCAGUGUCUCUCCACCGCCGCCGCCACCACCUCGUGCUCCCCUUGCCCUCGUAUCGUGGGAUGGAGCACGACGCGCACGCCGUCCCGCCAUCGGAGGACGCCACCGUCGAUGAUUGGGCUCGCGACGACGCGGAGCCCAUGUCCGUCGAAUCUGGCGUUGCCCCCGCGGAGGUGGCUGCGGCGGAUUCCGGCGCUGAUGCCCCUUUCGCGCCCUCGCCCUCGCCCUCGGCAGCGGUCGCGGCAGAAGGUGUCAAGGAAAUUCAAUCAUCUCUUCAAUCCUUGGACCUUAAAACAAAUGUUGCUACUCAAGAAGAUGCUCAUGUGGUUGAAGACGAUGUAGAUGAGACAAAAAGACACUUGAAUGUGGUUUUCAUUGGCCAUGUUGAUGCUGGAAAAUCAACUACUGGAGGACAAAUAUUAUUUUUGAGUGGUCAAGUUGAUGAUAGGACCAUCCAGAAAUAUGAGAAGGAAGCAAAGGAUAAAAGCCGAGAAAGCUGGUACAUGGCUUACAUCAUGGACACAAAUGAGGAAGAAAGGGUUAAGGGAAAAACUGUUGAAGUUGGUAGAGCACACUUUGAGACAGAACACACAAGAUUCACUAUCUUGGAUGCACCGGGUCACAAAAGUUAUGUUCCAAAUAUGAUAAGUGGUGCAUCUCAAGCUGACAUUGGUGUUCUGGUCAUAUCUGCUCGAAAAGGUGAAUUCGAAACAGGUUAUGAAAGAGGAGGACAGACCCGUGAACAUGUACUACUUGCAAAAACUUUGGGUGUUGCUAAGCUGGUAGUUGUAAUAAAUAAGAUGGACGAACCUACUGUUAAAUGGUCUAAGGAAAGGUAUGAUGAGAUUGAAGCAAAAAUGGUUCCAUUCCUUAAAUCUUCAGGGUACAAUGUUAAGAAAGAUGUGCAAUUCUUGCCAAUAUCUGGUCUUGUGGGAACCAAUAUGAAGACCAGGAUGGAUAAAAGCAUUUGUAGUUGGUGGGAUGGCCCUUGUCUCUUUGAAGUUCUGGACCGUAUUGAAGUUCCUUUACGCGACCCCAAAGGUCCAGUAAGGAUGCCGAUUAUUGAUAAAUAUAAGGAUAUGGGCACUGUUGUAAUGGGCAAAAUAGAGUCUGGCACUAUCAGAGAGGGUGACAGUUUGUUGGUUAUGCCAAACAAGUCCCAUGUGAAAGUCGUUGGGUUGAACUUGGAUGAGAGCAAAGUACGCCGUGCUGGACCUGCUGAGAAUGUUCGUGUCAAAUUGUCCGGAGUUGAAGAGGAGGAUGUAAUGGCUGGAUUUGUACUUUCAAGUGUUGCUAAUCCUGUUGGUGCAGUUAGUGAAUUCAUCGCUCAGUUACAGAUUCUUGAGUUGCUUGACAAUGCUAUUUUCACUGCUGGCUACAAAGCUGUGUUACAUAUCCACUCUGUUGUCGAAGAGUGUGAAAUUGUUGAGCUCAUAGAGGAAAUUGACAUGAAGAAAAAGAAAGAAGCAGAUCCGAAGAAGAAAAAGCCAAAGAGGAAGCCUCUUUUUGUGAAGAAUGGUGCAAUUGUUGUUUGCCGCAUUCAGGUGAAUAACUUGAUAUGCGUAGAGAAGUUCUCUGAUUUCCCUCAGCUUGGAAGGUUUACACUUAGAACUGAAGGAAAGACGGUAGCUGUAGGCAAAGUCGUUGAUGUUCCGCCUGCUGGCAGCCCAACAUUCUGAGCUUAAGCCAAUUUUGAACAGGAUGGAUAAUCAUGAAGCAGUGUGUUCUCUUGAGAUACUUUUUUGGGAGAAGUGAGAUUAGUUGUUGAGCAUAGAUUUUUUUUCCAGCCCGGCUUGAGAAUGGUCUAUGCCUUCAUGGUUUAGGCUAGCCAAGUCUGUGUUUAGAUUGGUUGCAUAAUAUUACUUCUCUGGUUAUAUGUGAGGUUGUAAAAUCAGUAUGGAUGAGUGUACCAACCUUAAUGUACCGUGCCAAAUUGUGGUGGUAUCUUUGCGUACAAUGCUGUAACUAUCCAGUUUCUGUGUGAAGUUAAAUAUUAGAUGGCCACAGGUCGGCAGAUUCGAAAGUUCCAACUGCCAGGACGUGCAUACGCUACUGGGAAGACCCUUAAACCCUAUCAUUUGAUAUUGAUACUGAUAUUGAUGGAGUCAA